AUGGUUGGUCAGUCCCUGGAAUGCUAUGCUACUGUCGCGCUUCCAGUUUCAAUCUCAAAGCUCCUAUAUAAAUACCACACUUCCCUUCCUCAACUUGCAUUCCAAAGUUUCCUACGGUUAAACAUGUCCAUGGCCAUCAUUAACUCUUUUGGAAACAUUGGUCUCUAUAUUCUAUUACUAUCAUGGUUUCUCGUAUCUGCUGUGCGUGUUUGGGGACGACCAGCCACUUUUGUGCAAGACUUUCAAAUCACGUGGUCAGAGUCUCAUAUCAAGCAAAUUGAUCAAGGCAGAGCCAUCCAACUCAUUCUAGACCAAAACUCUGGUAAGCCACAUCAUGACCUUAACUUAUUCCUAACUCCUCUCUUUGUUAUUCCCUAUGCUAAGGAAGAAAAAUCAUUUACUGCAGGUUGCGGUUUUGCUUCCAAGGAAAAGUACAUGUUUGGCCGUGUUAGCAUGAAAAUCAAGCUCAUACCUGGAGAUUCGGCAGGAACUGUUACUGCAUUUUAUAUGAACUCUGACACCGACACUGUACGUGAUGAGCUGGAUUUUGAGUUCUUGGGGAACCGUAGUGGUCAGCCUUACACAGUUCAGACAAAUAUCUACGCUCAUGGAAAAGGGGACAGAGAGCAAAGGGUCAACCUCUGGUUUGACCCUUCAGCGGAUUUCCACACUUACACUAUCAUGUGGAAUCAUCAUCAUAUUGUGUUCUACGUGGAUGAUUUUCCCAUUAGAGUGUACAAGAACAAUGAAGGGAAGGGAAUUCCAUACCCAAAGAUGCAAGCAAUGGGAGUGUAUUCGACGUUGUGGGAAGCUGAUAACUGGGCAACAAGAGGGGGGUUGGAGAAAAUUGAUUGGAGUAAGGCACCCUUUUAUGCAUAUUACAAGGACUUUGACAUUGAAGGGUGCCCAACUCCAGGACCUACCAACUGUGCGUCUAAUCAAAGUAAUUGGUGGGAAGGGGCUGCAUACCAAGCUCUUAAUGCCAUUGAAGCCAGAAGAUACAGGUGGGUUCGUCUCAACCAUAUGAUCUAUGAUUACUGCCAAGAUAAGUCAAGGUACACAGUGAUCCCACCAGAGUGCCUUGCCGGCAUUUAA